CCCGCGAUAAAGGCAGGGGAAGCCGGGUCGGCCGGAGCCGCAGCGGAGGGCGCUCGGGUUUAGCGGGGGAGAGAGCCAGCCAGCGGCCGGGGGGGACGACCGAGCCCCGCCGGCUCCCGGGUCCGGGACCUUCCCCGCCCUUUGCUCGCCCGCUUGAAAAGUUUUGCCCGGGGAGCGGCGGCGGUGCCGGGGCGCCCGUCAACCUCCGUCCGCCAUGGGCGCUGCCCGCCGGCGCUAACGGGAGGACGUGAGGCUGAGGGGAAGGAGCGGAGCCGGCAAUGGGCAGCAGCCCGCCGCGGGGCUGAGCGGCGCUCCGGAGCGAGGUGUGCCGGCCGGGCUCGGCGAUGGAGCGCCCGCAGCGUGCGGCGGGCGGGGAGAGCUAGCGGCGUCGGCGGAGCCUCCCGGAGCCGCGCCCGGGACGUGUCCCCGUCUCCUCGGCAUGGCGGGGGCUGCCCCCGGCGGCGGGCCCCGCUGCCCGGCUGUCAGCCUGCUCCUCGGAGCCCUGCUCUGCGGAGUGACAGAGUGUCGAGGGGUCUUGGACAAUAACCAGAGGUUUUCUUCAUUACCAACGUACCUACCUGUGAGCUACCGGAUCUUCAGUGCUGAGACAUCUUUCUUUCUCAAAGAAGCCAACCAGGACUUCAUGAGAAAUUCCAGUUUGCAGUCCAGGGUGGAGUCGUUCUUCCCAUAUAAAGCCAAGAGACCACCAAUAUUAAAUGCCAGCUAUGGACCUUUUUCUGUUGAGCAAGUUGUGCCCCAGGACCUAAUGUUAAAUUCAAACUUUUUUGGAUCUGCCAACAAGUUUACUUAUAACUGGAAGCUUAAGGCCUACAUAAUGAGCGACAAAAUUUACCUGAGCAAGCCCAAAGUCCAGGUCCUGUUCUACAUCGUGGGCAGGGACUGGGAUGACUAUAGCACCACGGAACGGCUGCCCUGCCUGCGGGUGUUUGCCUUCCGAGAGACGCGGGAAGUCAGAGGCAGCUGCAGGCUAAAAGGGGAUUUGGGGUUGUGUGUGGCAGAGCUGGAGCUCCUGCCAAGCUGGUUUAACCCGCCGAUGGUCGUCACGGGCCGUAAGAAGCCACCAGAUCAGUUUGAAGGGAGCCCUGUUGAGCUUUACUAUACUAUCCAACCAGGAGACGAGAAGGGAGAGUGUACUGCCGAGGAUAUAAGGAAGGGAAAUGCUAUUCGGCCAGGAAAAGAUGGCAUGGAUGAAACCGUGUCCCACUUACAGAGGAUUGGAUCCGUCAGCCUCUAUCGUGGCCAGGAGACUUCUCAGCUAACGGAGCUACGGCUGGAUAGUAAUAUUGUUGUCUGGUUGCCCUCAAAGCCUGUCAAACAAGGAGAGGUUGUGAAUGUUUAUGUGACAAUUGCCAACAAUUCUACGGUGGAUCAGUUCAUACUCAGGUACGGUAGGCUGUUUCUGCAUGUUUCUAAUGAGAUAGCACACAAAGAUGUUGGGGACGUGGGGUAA